GUAAAUAAAAAAGGGUACACGGAGAAGACCAAACCCGAGAUACUUCUCCCUCUCUCACCUUGUCUCCUUACCUGACAAUCACAUCCUACUGGUGCCCCUCCCCAUGUUUUCUUUCUUCCAUGGCCUUCUGUCCUCUCCUACUAGGUUCCCCUUCUCCAGCCCUGUACCUCUUUCACCAGUUACCCAACUCUACUUCACCCCUCCCGAAUUCACCUAACACCUUGUGUUCCCCGCCCACCCUCGAACUCUCACUCCUCAUCUUUUUUUUCUCCAUUCCUGCUGAGUUUCUUGGCCUGAACGUCGACUGUACUCUUUUCUAUAGGCGCUGCCUGGCCUGCUGAAUUCCUCCAGCAUUUUCUAUGUGUUACUUGGAUUUCCUGCAUUUGAGCAUCUGCAGCUUUGCUCCUGUUGGUGCUAAGAUUCUGUGCACAGUUUAUUUAAGGGAGGUAUAUUUGAAGGCUGUUUAAAGAAAGUUCAACAACUUCAUUCUGGGGAAGGGGAAAACUGCAGAUGAAAUAAAGCAAAGGCUUUUGAAAGUACUCAGCAGGUCAGGCAGCAUCUGUGAAAAACAAGCAGUUAAUGUUUCAGUUCCCAAAUGGGCCCCUUCAUUGUGAAAGGGCCUCAGUCCUCAAUCAUUAACUCUUUUUCAUUCCACCCAUGCUGCCUGACCUACUGAGUACUUACAGCAAUUUUUGCUUUGUUUGAGAGAUGAAGGGCUUACAUUAUGAGGAAAAAUUAAGCAGGUUGAGCCUCUGUUUACUGUAAUUUAGAAAAAAAGAUUACUUCAUUGAACUGUGCAAUGACAGAUUAGGUGCUGAGGUGCUAUCAAAAUUUAUGGGUAACAUAGAAACAUGGAAUAUGGUUUCAGAAUAAAGGAAUAGCAAUUGAAGGAUCACCUGAUCUCCUUAGCCCUGAACUUAGCCUAAGAGCUAAGAACCAUAGCCCAAGAGCUAAGCAACAAGUCAUUAAAGUCAAUCAGACUCUACAGCUGACAUGCAGGGGAUCAUCACCUAUAUCUUGGUCCUUGCCAGACCAUGUAAUGAAUGCAACUGAAAGAAUAAGUAUAAUUAACUUUAAAAGUGGGGACCUCAAGAAACCGUAUUGUAGUAACCUGACUUUGAGCAACACUCAGGCUAAAGACACAGGCUACUACUAUUGUAAUACCUCAUCUUCAAAUGUUCGACACAUAAAGACUGCUCUCUAUAUAUUUGUAAAGGACAAACGUAGUCCAUUUGUGGAGCAAUACACAGAAGUUCCCAAAGUUGUGUACUUCACGGAAGGAGAAAGUCUACUUAUUCCAUGUAGGAUUACAAGCCCACAUUUCUCUGUCACUUUGAAAAUGAAUUCUUUACCCUUUACCAUUGAUGGAAAGGAAGUCAUGUGGGAUAGUAAACAAGGUUUUGUUAUUCCCAGACCCACUUACAAGUUUAUUGGCCUGCUAUAUUGUGAAACCACUGUGAAUGGGAAGACAUUUUAUUCAUACUACUUAACACAUAGGAGAGUCAGCAGCAUCAGAAGUGUAGAGCUGAACGUGACCAGUCCAGUGAAGAUGCUGAGUGGAAGAUCAUUUGCUAUAAAGUGCACAGUGACCACAGAUCUGAAUGCAAGAGUUGAGAUUUUCUGGGAAUUCCCUGGUAAAGGAAAUAGAAGCAGUUAUAUAACAAAAAGAAUUGACCAGACAGAUCGUAUGAUAAAUACAUUCUACAGCACCCUUGUUAUUGACAAAGUGGUCACAUCAGACAAAGGGAACUAUAUAUGCCAAGUAAGAAGUGGAAAAACCAUAAAAAAAAGGAAAGCGACUGUUCAUGUCUAUGAAAAACCAUUUAUCAAUGCCAGAUGCCGGAAAUCAUGUGUUGCUGAAGCGCUUGUUGGUCAGGCAGUCUACCGUUUCCCAAUAAAGGUCAAAGCUUUUCCACCUCCAAAUGUUUUAUGGCUAAAGGAUGGGCAGCCUAUUACUGAAAGAUCAAUCCGAUAUAACAUCACUGGCUAUAAACUGACUAUAAGGGAUGUUUCAGAAGAGGAUGCUGGUAUUUAUAGUAUUAUACUGGAACUUAAACAAUGGAAGCUUUCCAAAAACCUCACAUUCUUUCUCAAUGUAAAUGUAAAGCCACAUAUAUGUGAAAAGGCACUGCCCACUCAGAACCAUGAUCUCUAUCCUCUGGGCAGCAAACAGACUCUGUCAUGCACUGCCUAUGGCAUCCCCAUUCCUACAAUUCUAUGGGUAUGGCAACCUUGUGCCCAAAAUAGUUCAAAAGCACAAUGUGAAGCAUAUGCAGAGACCAAAAGCAGCAUUGUUUCUGUGGAUAGUCUUGGCAGUAACAUCAACAUUAUUGGAAAUAAGAUACACGGCAUUAACGAAAGAGUAGAACUACUGGAAGGGAAAAAUAAGACUGUCAGUAUUCUGGUAGUAGCUGAAUCCAACAUUUCUGGAAUUUAUCGUUGCUUGGCUUUUAACAAAGUUGGUAAAGAUGAAAAAAGUAUUAAUUUUUAUAUUUCAGAUGUGCACAACCAAUUUGGAUUUGAGAUUGGCAUAGGACAUAACAUGCCACCAACUGAAGGUGAUGACCUCACAUUUUACUGCCGAGCCAAUAAAUUUCUAUAUUCAAACAUUGCUUGCCGUCUUCUGAGUAAGGACAAUCAGACCUCAUAUAAUAUCAGCAGUAUAAGUGAAAUUACCACCAAGGAAUAUUCAAUUGCUCUGAACUUUACCAUUAAAAAUGUGUCUCAGAAUCAGUCCGGAACUUAUGAAUGCACAGCCAGAAAUAUUAUUACUCAGAAGGAGGCAAUUCAGAAGCAGGAGAUUUAUAUUAGAGCUCAGCAAGCCCCAUACUUGCUUCAAAACUUAAGUAACCAGGAUGUGAACAUCAGUAGUUCAAUUACAUUGGAAUGUCUGGCAGAGGGAAGGCCAAUGCCACAUAUCACAUGGUACAAAAACAAUCAGAGGUUACACAUGGAAUCAGGUAUUAAUCUGGGACAAGGAAGUAGAAUAUUAAUUAUUGAAAGAGUCAAAGAAGAGGAUGGAGGUUUAUAUCGAUGCCAAGCGUCAAACAGAAAAGGCUUUGUACAGACUUCAGCUUACAUCACUGUUCGAGGGACAACAGAGAAUUCAAACAUGGAGUUGAUAACCUUAACGUGUACCUGUGUGGCAGCUGCACUUUUUUGGCUCCUCCUGACUCUCUUCAUUCGUAAACUCAAAAAGCCUAGAUUUGCAGAAAUAAAAACUGACUACCUGUCAAUCAUAAUGGAUCCUGAUGAAGUGACACUUGAUGAGCAAUAUCUCCCCUACGAUGACAAUAAAUGGGAAUUUCCUCGAGACAGACUGAAGCUAGGUAAAAUACUUGGCCGUGGGGCUUUUGGGAAGGUAGUGGAAGCUUCUGCUUUUGGGAUCAAUAAAUCAGCCACAUGUAAAACAGUUGCCAUUAAAAUGCUGAAAGAGGGGGCCACAGCCAGUGAACACAAGGCUUUAAUGUCCGAACUAAAGAUCUUGAUUCAUAUUGGAAACCACCUAAAUGUGGUGAAUUUAUUGGGAGCAUGCACCAGCCAUGGAGGUCCUUUGAUGGUAAUUGUUGAAUACUGCAAAUAUGGAAACCUCUCCAACUACCUUCAGACCAAGAGGAAUAACUUCAUGUUGCACAAGGAAACUACACUACAGGCAAAUCAAAUUCAAGAAAAGAUCCCCAUGGAGGGGAAAAAGAGAAGGCUGGCUAGUGUCACAAGCUCUGAGAGCUCCACCAGCUCAGGAUUUGAUGAAGAUAAAACUCUAAGUGAGGUUGAAGAGGAAGAGGAGGAUGGUGAUGACUUACACAAGCAACCAAUUACCAUGGAGGACCUAAUCAGUUACAGUUUUCAGGUGGCCCGAGGCAUGGAAUUCUUAGCAUCAAGAAAGUGCAUCCAUCGAGAUCUGGCAGCAAGAAACAUCCUUUUAUCUGAGAAUAAUGUAGUAAAGAUCUGUGACUUCGGACUUGCACGAGAUAUUUAUAAAGAUCCUGAUUAUGUACGAAAGGGAGAUGCAAGGCUCCCUCUCAAAUGGAUGGCCCCUGAAUCUAUAUUUGACAAAGUUUACAAUACUCAAAGUGAUGUCUGGUCUUACGGAGUUUUAUUGUGGGAAAUAUUUUCCUUAGGUGCAUCACCGUACCCAGGAGUCCAAAUCGAUGAGGAAUUUUGUCGAAGAUUAAAAGAGGGCACAAGGAUGCGAGCUCCUGACUAUUCAACCCCAGAAAUCUAUCAAAUAUUACUCGACUGCUGGCAUAAUGAACCCAAACAGCGGCCUACAUUCACAAAACUUGUGGAGAGACUUGGAGAUUUAUUACAAGCAAGUGUUCGGCAGGAUGGAAAGGACUACAUCCCCCUGAGAGGCAUGCUCGUAUCAAAUAGCUUUAAUUUUUCAGUGCCAACAUUGCCAGACUCUUGCUUGGGAGAAGAAAUGGAGAAUUCAAAAUUUAAUUAUAAAAAUACAGGAAGCUUUGGAUAUAUUAACACUUGUCUGAACAAACAACCACAGGAUUUGGAGACAUUUGAAGAGCUACCACUUGAGCUUACAACAUUAACAGAUGAUUAUCAGACUGAUAGUGGAAUGGUUUUGGCCCCAGAAGAAUUAAAAUGUUCGUUGCCAAUGGACAACAAGCCAAUACAUCCACAGUAUUUUGAUUUGAAAGCAACAUGGAGAAACAAAGAGCUGGGAUUCCCAGAACCUCUCAGUUGGAAGAGCACUUACAGCUCUAGUUCUAGUUGCCAGAAAGGGGAGGAAGUCUACCGAGCAGCUGCACGGGAGAGUUUCAGCUCGCUAAGUUCCUUUGAAUCAAAAAUGAGUUGUUGUAUACCACCUCCAGAUUACAACUCACUGGCUUUUUAUACCUCUCCACCAAUUUAAAGGGCUGUUUCACUAGUCCUCAGAAAAAAAAAAUCUGCAUCUGCCUAUUCAAUGAUUUGUACUUAACAUUUUUAAGCAAACUUUGUUGUCAUUGCUCUUACCAGUAUGAAAGCAUAAGUAUGCUAUCCACUUUCACUGGUGAAUGUGUCCAUGAAUGGAUGUAGAUACAUUCAGCAUAUAUAAACAUCAUUAUUAGGAAAUAUAUGGUCUUAUGGAAGUGAGAGAGACAUUCAUAGGGAUGGAAGUUCCAACACAUAAGCCCAUUGGUCCUGGGUCAGUUAUUGUACAGUAGUUACAAAUUUUGUUGUCAAAGUACAUAUAUGUCACCAUAUAUAAUACUGAGAUUCAUUUUCUUGUGAGCAUACUCAGCAAAUCUAUAGAAUAGUAAAUGUAACAAGAUCAGUGAGAGAUCAACCAGGGUGCAGAAGACAGUAAACUUUGCAAAUAACAUUAAAUAAAGAGAACAUGAGAUCAUGAGAUAACAAGUCCAUAAAGUGAGAUCAUUGGUUGUGGAAAGAUUUCAUUGUUGAGGCAAGCCAGUAUAGUUAUCCCCUUUUUAUCCCUCAUGGUUGUGUGGUAGUAACUGUUCUUGAACCUUGGUGCGAGUCCUGGGGCUCUUGUACUUUCUACCUGAUGGCAGCAGCAAGAGGAGAGUAUGGCCUGGGUGGGGGGGGGGGGGGAUCUCUGAUAAUGGAUGCAACACACACAAAAUGCUGGUGGAACACAGCAGACCAGGCAGCAUCUAUAAGGAGGAGCACUGUCGAUGUUUCAGGCCAAGACCUUUCGUCUGAUAAUGGAUGCUGCUUUCCUAUGUCAGUGUUUCAUGUAUAUAUGCUCAGUGGUUGGGAAGGCUUUACCUGAGAUGUUCUGGGCCAAAUCCUCUACCUUUUGUAGAAUUUUCCAUUCAAAUUCAUUGAUGUUUCCAUACCAGGCUGUGGUGCAGCCAGUCAAUAUACUCUCCACUACACAUCUAUAAAAGUUUGUCAAAGUUUUAGAUGUCUUGCUGAAUCUCCACAGACUCCUAAGGAAGAAGAGAUGCUGCCAUGCUUUCUUCGCAAUUGCACUUACCUGCUGGAUCCAGGAAUCCAGGACAGGUCCUUGGAAAUAGUUUCACCCAAGAAUUUAAAGUUGCUAACCCUCUCCAUCUCUGAUCCUCCGAUGAGUGUUGACUGAUGGACCUCUGUUGAAGUCUAUCAUCAGUUCCUCUGUCUUGCUGACAUUGAGUGAGAGGUUGUCGUUAUGACACUACUCAGCCAAAAUCAUCACCACUUUUGAUUCUUCCCAUAACAGUGGUGUCAUCAGCAAACUUGAAUACGGCAUUGAAGCUGUGCUUAACCAAAUAGUCAUAGGUGUAAAGUGAGCAGAAUAGGGCACUAAGCACACUGCCCUGUGGAGAUUGUGGAGGAGAUGUUGUUGCCAAUCUGACUGACUGGCAUUUAUAAGUAAAAUAAAUCCAGGAUCCAAUUUCAUGGGAAGUAUUGAGGCCAAGAUCUUGGAACUUAUUGAUUAGCUUUGAGGGGAUGAUAGUGUUGAAUACUAUGCUGUAGUUGAUAGAGAGCGUCCUGAUGUUCCAGGGUUGAAUGAAGAGCCAAUGAGAUGGCGUCUGCUGUGGACUUACUGCUCUGGUAGACAAAUUGGAGUGGAUCCAAGUUGCCUCUCAGGCAGGAACUGAAAUGUUAUAGAAAAGGUUUAGAGAUAUUUUCAUACUAUCCCAGAUAAUGUCUCUGAGCUUAUUUAAGACUGCAUUAAAAUCUUCAAUUCAUAGACGAGACACUAUCAAACUUCAUCAGCUGCCAAUUUGUGGCAUGGCAACCAGAGUUUGGAUACGUCUCGCAGUGGGUAGGUAGAUACCAGCCAAUAAAAUUUCAUUAAAGUAUCACCUUCAUUAUUAUUAAUGACUUUUAGGUAAAUGUAUAACAUAGCUUCACGUUCAGGGCAUAUUAAUAAACCUGUAUUCAAUAUAAACCUGUCAUACUGAUUCCAUUGUGCUACUUCUUCAGAGCAGAAGAGAUUGAAAGCUACUGUCAGUGCAACUUGGCAGAUUUAAUUCACAAAAGUAGUAAGUCAAAUGGUCUGAAGUGGUCUGUGAAGAGAAUAAAAAAAUCUCCCUUGCACUUUGGAUUUCCCCCACCACAAGAUGUUGCAAAAUAUUUCCCUAUUGGUUAAUUAAUUUUGAGAUGACUAUCAUAUGGUAAAUAGACAAGUGAACAGCUAAUAUCAGUUUUCAUUUGUUCUUUAGUCAGAAAACCACUCACUAUUGUGAGGUCAGCUUUUUGCGAAAAAUAUUUUGAGAUUGAAAAAUUCUGAAAAAUUAUUUCCAUGGAAAGAUGACAUUACCAGUUCUUCAUAAAGUGAGAGCAUAAUUACCAGUAGCUCUUCCUACUUUCACAGCCUACUGAUUCAAGAACGUGUGCUGCAACUAUAUGAAGUAUGAAGCUAUGUCAUGAUUUAUUUUAGUGUUGUAAUGUUCCUUUAAAUCUAAUUUGCCCAUUAAUUGAAUCUAGCAAGCAAUAACUAAAAACAAUUAAAUAUUAUUCCUAUCCUUAAUCAAAAACACAAAUCUGAAUUUAGUCUAAAAUCAGAUUCCUGAUCUGAUAGGUUGUUUGGGAGUCUCCGUGUUCCAUCUUCGUGCUUCCACGAAGAAAUCUUGAGGUGCGCAGUUACUAAUUGGAUGGCUUUGAGCAGUCAUGGCUGGGGAAUUUCUACAAACCAAUGAUGAUAUUACAUCCCUGAAGAACUCCUAUGCCCUGAAUGCCUCAAGAAUCUUGUGCCUGACAUGCAGACACUGUGCCCAGCAGAGUGAAGUUGGCUGAGCACAGUCAGAACCUCAGCAGCAGGGAUAUUGGUCUGGAAGUAGUUACUGAGUAUGCUUUGCUUAUUCUAGUACAUUUUGAGAAUUUUAUGGAAGUAGCGUUGGUACCUCUUGAAAAUCUAUGCUGUCAUUUUUUUUUUGUUUGGCAUGAAAGAUGUUGUCCCAGAUUAUGGGGAAUGAUCCAUGUUUACCAGAAUCUUGUAGUGGAUCUUCAUGCCAGUGGUUGGAAGGGGAUUUUUGCCUUAUGGAUAUUUGUCCUAUAUAUCUCAGUAAACGAUCUGACAAUAACUUGGAGCUUGGCUUCUGAGUAUGCGGGUGAACAAGCAUCAUCUGCAAACUGUAGCUCUGUGAAUGAAGUUGGAGUGAUCUUAGUUUUGGUGUGCUGGCCAAAAAAGUCGAAGAAUACCCCAUCUAGCCCAUAGCAAACUGGUUGAAGUGAGAUGAGAUCAUUUAUUGAACUUGAUGGAUUGAAUUAAUUCUGUGACUCAAGGGUGGACAUGGUUGUGGAUGAUUUUUGGAAUUAUUUCUCCGGUCAAGACAUCCCUAUGUGGUUACCGUAGGUGAAUUUGUCUCCAUUUUUGAAGAUGAUUGCAAUUAUGUCAGCUCUCAGCCUCCUACUGUGCGGUCUUAAUCUAUAUAAUCCAAAAAAAAACUUAACAUUAUAACAUGUGCACUGAGAAACCACUUAUGUGCCAAGAAAUGCAAAUCCAAAUUUUCUCCUCAAUGUAUCACUGAUAAUUCCAGUUCUUCUACUGACCAUCUGAUUACAGUGGCCAUACAUUCCUAAUCACUGUUUUGCAAUGCUCAUGUGUUAAAGGCAGCAAUGAUCAAAUUGCAGAGGAAAAUUUGCCAGUGAUUUCUUAGAAAACCAGAGACAAAAUGUCAGUACCUUUGGAUUAUGAUAUGGAUGACAUGAUGUUUUAAGUUUGAUGACAUUUAAUAUUAUUUUUUUAUCAAGACUCUAAGGAAAAUUGAUACUGAACAUACAUUGCUGUAGAAACAGGAUUACGAAAAAAGAGAUGGGUGGCUCCAGUUUCAUCAUUUGUAAUUAAUGUGUUUGCUAUUGCCAAGUGAUGGAGAGUUAUUUGAAAAAUGUCAAUCUGAACUAAUGUGCUCACAACAUUUAUAUGCUAGUGGCUAGCAAACAGCUAAUAGUUGUACUUAUAGUCAUUGAGUCAUAGAAAAGUACAGUACAGAAACAAGCCCUUCAGCCCAUCUAGUCAUUUAAGCUGUCUACUUCUAUUGACCUGCAUUGGGACCAUAGCCCUCCAUACCCCUACCAUCCAUGUACCUAUCCAAACUUCUCUUAACUGUUGUAACUGAGCUUACAUGCACCACUUGUGUUGGCAGUUUGUUCCACACUCUCAUGACCCUCUUGAGUGAAGAAGUUUCCCUUUAAACUUUUCACCUUUAACCUUUAACCCAGGUCCUCUAGUUGUAGUCCCAACCAACCUCAGGCAAAAAAGUCUGUUUGUAUUUACCCUAUCUAUAUCCCUCAUAAUUUUAUAUAUCUCUAUUAGAUCUCUCAAUCUCCUGUAUUCCAAGGAAUAAAGUCCUAAUAUAUUCAAUCUUCCAUUAAACUCAGGUUAGCAACAUCCUUGUAAAUUUUCUCUGUACUCCUUCAACCUUAUUUACAUCAUUGCUAUAGAUGAGUGAUAAAAACUGCACACAAUGCUCCAAAUUAGGCUUCACUAAUGUCUUAUACAUCUUCAACAUAAUAUCCCAUCUCCUGUACAAUAGUUUGAUUUAUGAAGGCCAAUGUGCCAAAAGAAUUCUGUAUGACCCUGUCAACCAGUGAUGCCACUUUCAAUGAAUCAUGGAUCUGUAUUCCUAGAUCCCUCCAUUCUACCAUACUCCUCAAUGCCCUACCGCUCACAGUAUAAGAUCUACCCUGGUUGGUCCUACCAAAGUAUAACACCCUGCAUUGUCUACAUUAAAUUCCAUCUGCUAUUUUUCAGCCCAUUUUUCUAGCUGGUCCAGAUCCCAUUACAAGCCAUGAUAGUCUUCCUCGCUGUCCACUACAUUCCUAAUCUUGGUGUCAUCCACAAAUUUGCUGAUCCAGUUAACCCAUUAUUAUCCAGACCCUUGAUCUCAGAAGAGAAUAAAGUCAUUUUUUGAGAGAUUUUAAUGAAUGGUCUUUAAAUGUUUGGCAGCUACAUACAAUAUAUACAACAGAGUUAUCUCAUGUACAUAAAACGUUUACCACUUCAGUAAAUAUAUUGUUUUGCUGUAGACCUUAUUUAAAUAGAAAGUCAGAUUUUAGACAGCGUAAUGUUUUGUGCUUUUUGAAAGUGAAUGAAUUAAAUGGUUGGUUUGGAGUAAUAUACAUUUUCCAACUACAAAAGUAUUUUAGUUGUUACUGAAAUAUGCCAUGCCACAAUAUUGAAUUAAAAGAAAAAGAAAAAUUUCUUGUUGUACCUGUAAACAAAUCUGUGCACAAAUCUUGUAAAUAUAGUACAUGGAAAACUGCUGUAGAAGGAAACUCGUGAAAACAUUGGGACAUGGUCAGUUUUAUGACCAAAGAUUUGUUUGGUUGAUGAACUUGAUAGAAAAGAUGAAGGAGAUAUCAAGCUGUAGUGGUUAAAGUGCAGGUAUUUCCGUAACGAGCAUUCUGCAUUUCUUUAGCCACAUUACCAGUUUGCACACAGAUUACAGCUGUAUGUGGCUUCAAGCACAGUGUGAAAUCACAGGUCAUCAUUUAAAAUGUGUGAGAAAGCUAAUGAAGUAUCAUUUUUAGUUGACAAGUAUAUUUUUUCAACAGCUGAACAUCUCUUGGUAGCUCGCACUGAAAAAUGCUUGUUAUAUAUCAGCAAGCUAGCUGUUCUAAAUUGUAAUCCUAUAUGCUGUUAACCAAGGUCACAUAUCAUAAGAAUUCUGCCUGAGGUGAAUUCACUGGGUAGAAUUUUGGACUCUUUGCACAUUGCAAAUGGGCAUAAACAAAUAUUGGUUAACUAUUGUAGUUCAUUUCUUCGGAAGUCUGUAGUUACACUUGUUUGUGAUGCAUUAUUGUCAGAUUGCUACAUUAAAUAGAACAGUGUAUGUAUCUUUAUAUAUUUUAUAUUCUCAGAGUUUGAGCCUUUAGCUGACUCAAAUUUCUUUGGUUGUAUGCUGUUUAGCCUGAAUGACAAUGAGAUGAAUUCUGUAUGUCUUUUUACUUUUUAAAAUUGUUAUAAAUGUAUCUCUAUUUAGACUUAAUAAAGUAUGUUUAAUUAUUUCCAUUACAA